AGUUAUUCCAAUUUCAAAUCAACGCUGCUAGCUGUGACUCCGAGCUAAAGUAAUCAGCAAGCAUAGCUAACAGCUAGCUAGUUACACGGAAAUGUAAACUUGGUGACGUUAAAACUUGUCCUGCUUGCGUUUAGUAAAAUAGUUUCAGUUAGCAUAAUUUACCUCAACAACAUAGCUAACGCUAGCUAAGUGAGACUGAAUUUAUGUUUUAGCAUGUCUGAAACUGACUGUUGGUGAAUAAAAGUAUACUUACCUUUUGCGUUACCAGAUACACGCUGUCCUUUAACUACUAGCUACAGGUCCGCUUACCUUAACUGGGGUUAAAAGGAUUGUGGGAAAGUGAUCGUUUUUUCCUCAGCACUAUGUCUGUCUCAGAGAAUUCUUGCGAAAUACCUGAGACCGAAUCCCAUAGCUGUAGAACCCACAAUAACUCCAACAUUGCUGAACAUCAGAGUGUCUCAGUUCCAAAGUUACUGUCAGUUAGAAAGAGAAAGGUAGUUAUUCACUUUGAUCUAAACAACACAAUCCUUGUAUCCGAUGCUGUUACAAACCAAGGAACGGUUGCUGCUCUUGAAUAUUUUUUGUCUACUGUGACCUGGGGACGGAUGGCUAAAGGAAAAUGGGAGUGGAUGUGUGAGACUCCAUCUCUCCUUCCACCCUGUGAGGGUGCUGUGACUUAUUACUCUCAGUUUGGUAGAGUAGCAGGCUUCACCACGGUUGGGGCAGGCAAGCGCUUCCGAAAGGCCCUCGAUGAGCACCUUCAGCUUCUGCGCUGGCCUUCUCACCUGCCUGCAGACAAGGAGUUUUCCGUGAGAGGAGAAGAUGGCAAACAGUACCAUUGGAUCAUACCUUCCUUCUUCCGGCUUCUGCAGGACCUGGCCUCACAAGGGGUGGAGUUCUCCAUCGUGUUCCGCACGUUCGGCACAGACCUGUCCCGUGUCCUAACAGUUCUCCAGCGAGCCCUUGAGCAAGGAUCCCAUCCAAUCUUCCCUGACCUCCCAGCACUGAAGUUGAGUGUGAACAAAACACCAGGCCGGAUCAGGUGCAGCACUAAGAGUGUGGUUCUGACCCGUGGAGAAGAGCACGUGUCCACGCGGGAUGGAGAACGGACCCUGUAUGAAUACUUGAGCUCUUUAAAGGGUUUGGGUGGCUUCCAGGACCACUUUGACUGGUGGGCAAGAAACACAUACUCCAUUCUGGGAGGAAAACCACUGUGGGUUGACCCUUUUGACUCCACAGCCCAACACAUCUUUAUUGAUGACAACAUCCGCCAAAAUGACAAAGACACUAUUGUUCAUCCUAUGGUAUUUUUGGGUCCAAAUGACUCGCAGACCCGCACAGCUUCCACUUUAGAACUGUAUGAUCUAUGCCUGAUACAAAAUGACCUACUCAGAGCCAUUUCUGACCCAACUUACUUCACUCAGCGUAUCCAGAUCUGCAUGGAGAAUUACAAGAAGAACCUUGAGCUCACAAAAGGUGGAAGAAGCUUAGAGAAAUGUGUUCAUCUUCAAGUAAGCACUACUGAGUAGCCUUGAUCAAAAAGACCAACACUGUCUUAUUUCUGACAGCCCAUCAUUCUUUCCCAUUCACUUAAAUCUGCAACCUUCUGAAUGAUUCACCUAGUCAGAUCUUUUAAUCAUUGUAAAAGGGGGAGCUGAAGCCUGUCCUGUGUAUCUACUACCCUGCACAGGUUAGCUCCAACGCACCUGCCUCUAAUAUUAAGAUGCUACUGAGGCACUAAUUAACAGGAUCAGGUAUGUUAGAUUAGGCUUGGAAUUAAGGUUUCCAGGGUAGUAGAUAACUGGGAUCAGAGUUGGGCCCUCUGAUGUAAAAGCUCUGUAGCAUGCUGCCUCUCCUUAAAAAGGGUCUAUGUUUGCUCAGACACUCCAGAGAAGGAGCACCACAAAUGUUCCCCAAAAUACUGUGGUCAGUAGUUAAUAGUUGGACAUCGCCAUAAAUGAUACUUUCUUUACCAUUUUAGUUCAGAACUGUAAUGCCCAAAGCAUCUUAAUGUGCAUCUUAAACUGCAUCAUAAUUAAGAAAAUAGUGUUCUUGCUGUAACACUAUCCAUGGCUUCUAAUUAUGAAGAGUGUAGUUUUAACCAGCGUAAAACUGAAAAAAAUGAUUAAGUGCAGAUGUUUCUUUAUCUGUAUUCUCAGGGUUUGUUAUAUUUAACAUGUUUUGUUGGAUUAUCAGAUUAUUUAUAUCUUUAAGGACCUUCAUACUUGAAUUUUAGAGUUUUUGCUUAAUAGAUGACC